ACCCCCUUCCUGCUUAGUUCCGUGUCCGUGCACGAGCAGCAGUACUGCUUUUAUUUACUUUCCUCCAACCUUGCCUGGUGUCUUUAUUUCCUUAUUAAACAUGUCGGACCGCGCACCUUUCGACACCAACGCGGUCACUCUGACCAGGUUCUUGUUAGAGGAGGGAAGGAAAGUGAAAGCCACAGGGGAGCUGACGACCCUCCUGAACGCCAUGUGUACGGCUAUUAAAGCCAUCUCCAGUGCUGUGAGGAAAGCAGGCAUCGCUCAGCUGUAUGGCAUUGCUGGCAAUACAAACGUGACGGGGGACCAGGUGAAGAAGCUGGAUGUCCUUUCCAAUGACCUUGUUAUUAACAUGAUCAAAUCCUCCUUUACUUCCUGUGUGUUGGUCACCGAGGAGAACGAGCAUGCCAUUAUAGUGGAGCCGGAGCGCAGGGGUAAAUAUGUGGUCUGCUUUGAUCCUCUGGAUGGAUCCUCCAACAUUGACUGCCUGGCUUCUAUAGGGACAAUCUUCGCUAUUUAUAAAAAGUGCACAGAUGAUCAGCCAAGUGAGAAGGAUGCCCUGCAGCCUGGCAGAAACAUAGUGGCUUCUGGGUAUGCGCUCUACGGCAGCGCCACAAUGAUAGUCCUCUCAACCGGCCAAGGUGUCAACUGCUUCAUGCUGGAUCCUGCAAUUGGGGAGUUCAUUCUAGUAGAGCGGGAUGUGAAAAUCAAGAAAAAAGGGAAAAUUUACAGUCUGAACGAGGGCUAUGCUAUGUAUUUUGAUCCUGCUGUCACAGAGUACGUGCAGAAGAAGAAAUUCCCAGAGGAUGGCAGUGCACCCUACGGUGCACGCUAUGUGGGCUCCAUGGUAGCAGAUGUGCAUAGGACCCUUGUUUAUGGAGGCAUUUUCCUCUACCCAGCCAAUGUUAAGAGUCCAAAAGGAAAGCUCCGGCUGUUGUACGAGUGCAACCCUAUGGCAUUCAUCCUGGAGCAGGCUGGUGGAAUGGCCACCACAGGGACCAUGAACGUUUUGGAUAUUCAACCUGAGAACAUCCAUCAGAGAGUCCCGGUGGUCCUGGGAUCUCCGGAUGAUGUUCAAGAGUACAUCUCCUUGUACAAGAAACAUCACAAGUGACCGAAUCUUAAAACUAAAAGCGUACUGCGGGACCAAAUUUCUAUCUUUUUUUUUUUUCUAAGACCAAGCACAGAAGGUUACCACAUUCAUAACAAAUAUCGCACUUCAUAAAUGUUCCAUACAUUCUGCAUGCUGCAAGCAGAACAAAUAUACCUUUUUGAAAAAAGCAGAUAUACAAAUACAUCGGAAAGCAGCAUUGUCACAUUUACACUCCCUGAGAUAUGUUUACACAAAGACUCACUAAGUAGAUUUUAACGAAUGUGUUGCUGAUAGAGAGACCAGCAAGUCAGACCAGGUCCCUUAACCAGAUGUUUUUUUUUUAUAUUUUAUUCU